GUUUUCAAUACUCCAGACCUUCUACUUCGUAUCUGCCAUUCGGAGAAUGCGUGCCUCCCACAAGAAAUCCCACUCCACAUCCACUCUAUCCCUUCUCGCCGGCUCACCUGUUUCGGCCUCGCCAUUGUCUCUCGAACAAAAUACACCGCGUCAACAACUGGACCGUUCCAAAAGAAGGCAAAGUGUCCUCCCAAGAGUCAACGAACAGUCAAGCAAUGCAAGCAUUAAUAUUCUCAAUGGGUUACAAGGGACGGUUGAUGACCGACAGAAGGAUAAGUAUCCGGGAGAUGGGUUGAAAAAGGGACGCGGUGAAGGAGAUGUCAAAGAGCUGUUGAGUGAUUUGAAAUCCCUAAGGAGCUCAGGUAGAAGAAGGAUGGCAGCGCUAAAAGGAGUCGAAAAGGUUGUGGUUGAAGCUUGUGCUGGUCAACAAUUUGACGUCCUUGAAGAGUUCCUAUCUUUCAAUCCGUACAAUACGCUUGUGAACCUUCUGACUCGACACACAUCUACGCUCUCGCAUCGUUCUUCCCACGCUUCUCUUCCGGCCGGUGAUGAACUGGCUUUGAGCCUAAUACCGGAGCUGAAACUUGUAGUGGGAAUAUUGCAAGGUCUGUGUUUGUUAAGUAGAGGAUGUAAGGGACUUGUUGGAGAGGGGUGGGUUAUGGAGGUGUUUAUUGAUUUAUUACUUCUCCUUCGAUCACAACCACCGCCACAUGAGAGCGACAAGCCAAUAUCAUAUAACAUCCUUGAGCUACUGUUUUGCGUUCUUGUUGACUCUCCGGAAAAUGCGAGGAAAUUUGAGAAGCUAAGCGGACUGGAAGCGGUGGUGAGAGUAUUGAAAGGUUCUAAUGUGGGAAAGGAUGUGCGAAUGAAGUGCAUCGAGUUUUUAUACUUUUAUCUCCUUCCGGAGCAACAAAAUAGCGACGUCAACAAACGCAACAUCUCCAAUUCUUCUGUUUCGUCCACGACAUCAAGCGAGCUAUACCCUACUUCUCCGCCCACAUUGCCAAGGACCAAGCCACCCAUCGCCGUCACCACCAGCGAAGAGAAGCUGGGAGAUAUAGAUGUCCCUUUCAUUCCCCAAACGCCUGUUAAAAGACCUCGGCCGAACCUCGGCUACCUUACCCCUGCUACACGCCAUCUUUCUGACGCAAGCGCUAACACAUCAAGCUCUACUCCUGGUUUACCUACAGUACCUGCUUCUCCCGCUUCACCCGCCAUAUCCUCGACCAUUAUACCUCCUUCACCUCAAGAAUCCAACGGGAGAUUGAGACCAAGUGCUUCAACCACCGGUUUGUCGAGAAUGUUGGACGAAGACGCCCCUCUUAGCUCUCAUGUACCUGAUGCGCGGACUCCGGCAAUGUUGAAACACAGAGAUGACGGUGGUGCCGGAAAAGUGGGUUUGGGGAUAGGAUUGUCAAACCUGGGAAUGACGACCUCGACUUUCAAAACAAAAGGAGGUACAUCAGAUGAUCCGUUCGACCUCACUGCGAGCUCAAAACGUUCACACUCUGGGUCAUCUGGAUCAUCUACUGUCGUACCUUCCACAGCUUCCCGAGCGAUAUCAAGGUCGAGUACACAACCUUCUUUGGCUGAUUUGAGCUAUGGCGGGAAUAGCAAUAAAGCGAGACUAGAUGCUGGGUUGGGUCGGAGCGCAAGUCUUAGACGAGGAGUGAGCUCUAGUCCCAGUCCGCUCGCUCGCUCCAGCUUCCCCAUUGCGCACUCGUCCAACUUUGAAAAAGAAGGUGAAGGAGAAGGACGGGCACAGAGACAGAGAGGCGGCAGCUCUGGCUCGGCGUUGGUUUCGAGGACACCGAGAUCCUCAACAUCAUCAAGAUCCCGACAUUCGAGAGCUCAAUCGUACGCUUCUGGGUUAUCUCUUCCCCCGCCAACUGGACCGUCAGAAUCAGCGUCAGUGCCAUCUAUUGAGAUUCCACCUGUCCCUAGGUUACCCAGUUCCGUUGUUGCCAGCAUUCAUACAGAUGCCCAUCACACCCCUAACUCGAGUGGAAUAACCUCGAUGUCCAACAUGAAAGAAAACAAAGAGAUGGAGAAGAUACGAGGGGUGAGGGCGAGAUCGAAGGGUUUCCCAGCGAAGUUGACAAAGGGGAUGGUACCCAGUGCUUCGAGUUCGGGCCUCACAGCUAUGACAGCUACGUCUUCCAGCUUAGCCUCAUCGGGCGCACAAAUAGGGAAGGAUGGAAGGGAAGUGCCCUUAGGAGCUACGAAACGGGUACUGUCGAGGAAUUAUCGGGAUGUUCAAGGCAGAGAGCGAAAUGAAUCGGAUGCCGAAACGGCAACGGGUGCUAAAGCAGGACUAACAGGGCGGGCGAAGGCGGAAACAAGGACAAUGGAAGAGAAAAAGGAGAUGUUAGGCAUGUGGUUGGGGAAUGUGGAGCAGCUUGUGCAAGGAGUGGAGAAGGUCAGUUUUUGGGGGUCGAUUGGAGAGACUCAUAAGGGGAGAUAAGCACCUACUACUAGUAGCAUAUGCGGCGACGAGUGGCGCGACAUAGUAUGAUGUAAUAAUACGAAGCGGGACUUAUGUAGGAUAGGAGAGGCUUGUUGAAAUAUAGUAGCAUACAUAUAUAGACUAUGUAGAUCUUUCC